AGAUCCUCAAAUCACUCUCUCAGAAACCCACCCAGAACCUCCACCUCUAACACCAUGGUCAGCUCCUGUUGUGGCUCUGUCUGCUCUGAGGAGGGCUGUAGCCAAGGCUGCUGCCAGCCCAGCUGCUGUGUGUCCAGCUGCUGCAGGCCUCAGUGCUGCCAGUCUGUGUGCUGCCAGCCCACCUGCUGCCGCCCCAGCUGCUGCAUCUCCAGCUGCUGUCGCCCCAGCUGCUGUAGGCCCAGUUGCUGCAGGCCCAGCUGCUGUGUGUCCAGCUGCUGCAGACCCCAGUGCUGCCAGUCUGCGUGCUGCCAGCCCACCUGCUGCCGCCCCAGCUGCUGCCGCCCCAGCUGCUGCAUCUCCAGCUGCUGCCAACCAUCUUGUGGUGGUUCUAGCUGCUGUGGCUCCAGCUGCUGCCGCCCUUGCUGCCGCCCCUGUUGCCGCCCCUGCUGCUGUCUGAGACCAGUCUGCGGUCAGGUCUGCUGCCAAACCACUUGCUACCGCCCCACUUGUGUCAUCUCCACCUGCCCUCGCCCCAUGUGCUGUGCCACCCCCUGUUGCUGAGCCUCCAUGCCUUGAUCCAGCUUCUAUUUCAUCUUUGUCCCCACAGUUGGCGACAGGGGCAUACAGAGUCAUAUCGAUGGAUGUUGUUUUGCUGAGUAACAUCUCUAUAUUUCAUUGGACCCAACAAUGGCUAUUCUAGCUUCAAUCCACAUUCUUUAUGUGGACCUUUCCUUCCCAUAGAAGUGUGAAUUAGCUUCUACUGCACCAGCUGCUGAAUUGAAUCAUCCCCAGAUUCUUAACACUUAGGUCCAAGUUACAACUCUCAAGGGUCCUCAGGUUGACUUCAAUAGUUCUCUACUGUUGAUCUUCAUAGUCCCCGACUUAAUUGUUCAAUGAAGAUGCUCUUCGGUCAUUCUUAUUCCCCCAGGUGCCCUGUGUUGUGUCACUGUGUCAAAAUAAACCACUACUUUCCCACUU